GAAAGUUACUGGGAGGGAAGUAAAGUCAGAGCACAACAGACCGUUGAGCGUCACUUUCAGUUCCAUGUACCGUUGUGUCAGAGUUGGUGGCACAAUUCCCGUCAUUUUGACAACGACGAAACAAGCGUAGUUGUGCUAACGUUAGCUGGCAGGCUAACAAACAUGGCUACUACACCUUCCGGGACUUUGACUGACACAUGAGGAGAAGGCAUGACGGCUGCUAGGGGCAGCAGCAGCAGCAGCAUCAUCAUGGAGACCAGCACCACCCCCGGCAUCCUUCCACAGGAGGAGGGAGACCUGCUGGAUCCCUCAUCCGGUAUAUCCAUCAACAAGCUCCUCCCGGCUCUGUUCAAGUGCUUUGGCAUCAUUCUGUGUGGCUACAUAGCCGGCAGGGCCAACAUCAUCACAUCUUCCCACGCCAAAGGUUUAGGCCACUUUGUGUCCAAGUUUGCCCUUCCUGCACUCCUGUUUAAGAACAUGGUGGUGCUGGACUUUGGGAAUGUCAUCUGGCCCUUCGUCUGGAGUGUCCUCACAGCCAAAGUGUCUGUGUUUGCCAUUGUUUGUGUCCUCACGCUGCUGGUUUCCAGUCCAGAGAAUCGUUACAGCAAAGCUGGACUCUUCUCCAUAUUCGCCACCCAAAGCAAUGACUUUGCUCUGGGUUAUCCCAUUGUAAAAGCUCUAUAUCAGAGCACAUACCCAGAAUACCUCCAAUACAUCUACCUGGUGGCACCCGUGUCUCUCAUGCUGCUAAAUCCCAUCGGCUUUGCCUUUUGCGAGGUCCAGAAAUGGAAGAAUCAGAGAGACCGUCGCCAGGGAAAACUUCUUAUUGUGGGACAAGUGGUGCUACAAGUCCUCAAGAACCCGAUUGUCUUCAUGGUCGUUAUUGGCAUCGCGGCCCAUUUUGCUCUACGGCAAACCAUACCUUCAUUUAUGGCGGACUUUGUGGAUGCUUUGGCCAACUCUUUUGAAGGGGCGGCUCUGUUCUACUUGGGUCUGUCCAUGGUGGGCCAGAUGAAGAAGCUAACCAGGUCCACCGUAGUGACGCUGAUACUGCUGCUCACGGCAAAACUGUUGCUGAUGCCUCUGAUUUGUAAAGACAUGGUGGAUCUCCUGGAUGACACCAGCCCUUUGAACCACUCAAGCCUUUCCAACUAUGCUUCCCUUUACGGAGUAUUCCCCACAGCGCCCAGCGUCGCUAUCUACGCUGCGUAUUAUAACUCACAGCUGGAAGUGGUGAUAUCUGGGAUGGUCAUCAGCACUUUCCUCUCAGCUCCAAUCAUGUUCAUCUCAGCCUGGCUGCUCACUCUGCACCGGAUGGACCCUCAGCUGGUGAUGAACGCUUUGCAAGACGUCAGAUUUGAUGUCAGCAUUGUCAGUGUGGUGGCGCUGCUGUGGACCAUGGCGGUCAUGCUUUUCAGUAAGAAAUUCCAGAGGCUACCUCACAUGUUCACCACCAACCUCUUCUUGGCACAGUUCCUUACUUGUUUUGGGAUGAUCCUGUGGAAAUUUGUGGUGACGGAAGACAACUUCAUCGCUCAGAUCCUGACUUUUACGCUGCUGUGCACCUCACUCUACGGCACGUAUGUGUGGCCAGGCUUCAUUGCGCUCUCCCUUCUGCUUCUGAGAAGGUUUGACAGUCUGAAAGUUUCGUCAGGCGUGAUCGUGGUUGCCGGCUGGGGGAUCCCUGCAUUCAUAACUGCUGUGUUGCUCAUCUGUGGGGAAAAAGCACCCGACACCCUGGACUCAUCACUCUUCUACAGCAAACCACAGAUCCUCUGCACCACGGUGGUGCUUUCACUCAGCAUAGCCCUGCUAGGUAGCUCCCUGGUGCUUCUCAGUAGAGGAAGCUGGGCCCAAAAUGAGCCAAGUCAACAGGGAAGCACGUCGGCGGAAGACCUUGUGACCGAAACGGAACAAGAUAGCCGGUCUUUGUUUGAGCCAGAAGCCCAUUCAGCAGAUCUCAGCAAAGCGUGCCACAUGUGUGAGUGUGCGCCGCCCCAGCCCAUGCCUGACAUGAUCAUCAGCACCAAUGAGAACCGCACAGCCAGCACCCUCGCAGGCCAAAAUGAGAAUAUCAGCGACUCGACGGUCUGCCUGGUCUUCAGAGUAGACGAGCGCCAUCAGGACGAGCAUCGCCAAAUAUCCCGCCACAUGCUCCUAUGUUUGCUUCUUGGCGUGAGCUCGCUCGCCAACUUGUCUAGCUGUGUGUGGGUGCUCUUUCAACAAAACCCCAGCAGACUUUACGUGGAGCUGCAGUUCUUCUGCGCGUUUGCCAAUUACGGGCAGGGUUUUCUCUCCUUUGCUCUCUUUGGACUGGACAAACAUUUCAUUAUUCUGCCCUUUCGGAAGAGGCUGCACAGACUGUGGUACGGAAAGCGGCAAGAGGAGCAACCACCAGGUGAUCUACCCGAGGAGAUCACAAUGACCUGCACCGACUUCGUCAAACAUCAUAAAGACAAAUGUUUUCACGACAUUGUCAGGAAGAGAAGGUGCGGCGUGAGGACGAUGGUGGACUGUUUCCUGGGCUGUGAGCUUGUGGAGUGGCUGCAGGAGGCGGGCUUAGCCCAGGAUGCAGGUGAGGCCUUACUCUACGGCACACGCCUGCAGCAGGGCGGCAUUCUUCAGCACAUCGAGCAAGAACACGCCUUCCAGGACGGUCGGCUUUAUUACUCCUUUGUGACGUAAGCAUGGCCUGCUGAGCGCGGUGUGAACAUUGCUGUUCCACGCAACAUGCUGGACACUCUGUAUCUUCGCUAUGCGAUGAUAAAGCGUGAAUCGUGAAGCGAUUCCAUCAUCACGUACACCACUCAACUAAUAGUAAGCAAUAGAUACAUCUAGAAGAGAUAUUCAUGCAUGCUCAGUUUAUAAUACUUGAAGGGCGUGAUGAUAAGAUACAUUUUAUUUAAGGAAUACCUCAAUGACAGUUCCUUACUUUCCUGUCAUAGAAGGUUUUCAUUGGGGGUUAUCGCAACGUGAAUGUGUACCUAAUGUUGUGGCCAGUGCCUGAAGUGCUUCUUGAAAAACACAACAUCCAUGGUAUCCAAAAAAAUUUAAAAAAUCAAUGAAUGCGCAUAUAGUACAGUGGAACCUCGGUUGGUUUUUGUUAUUAAUUUUAUCUCUCUGCCAAAGAAAAAAAAAAGGGAAAGUUGAUGUUUUAUUUAUUUCAUUUCUUUCAGUGUUCAUUCAGUUUAGCUGAUGACUGUUUUGCUUGUAGCGCUGUUGCCAUGGUGAUGAUAACAACACGCAAAGCAGCGGUGACUGUUUUAUCUGGGAUACGUUAGCUUGCUACCUAAUUAUGCAUUUUUGGCGUUGUGCGACUUAUACUCCGGAGCAACUUAUAGUCCAGAAUAUACGGUAGGUGGAAAAAAUCUACAUAAGUCGCACUGGAGUAUUAGUCACUUUUUUUGCAGGUCAUUUAGUGAUCAAAACAGACAUUACGUCCUCAUGGAAGGCGAGUUUUAACAAUAAAAGAAUAGAGAACUGGCUGAAUAGGUGUAAGAUAUGCUAACACAA